UGCUCUAACUGAACGAAUUAUGUUGUAAUAGGCAGGUGAUUUUUUAACAUUAAAUGGAAUUGUAUUUUCGUAGAAGAAUAUGCCUAUAUCCUUACACACUCUUCUCCGUGCCUCCCUUGCAUUUUCUGGGGCCAUCUUCUGUCUAUUAGGAGGCCUAUCCUCUGAUAUGUCUACCAUAUAAUGAUCCAUAGGCCCUCUAGCACCCCUAGAUAAAAUGAGCUUUAUCGAAGAAGAUGAAUCCCUAAUGCUGCACUCACUCGCAUAUAUCAAGAACUUUGGAGCAUGGAGCAACAUUCUUGUGAGACCCUGAAAGGACUUAUAUUGGUGAGAGAUCUGUAAAGAGACUGCACCUGUCCAAGGCCUUAACAAUAUCAGAGAAUACAACUGUCCAUGAGGCUUGUCGCAGGAUGGCUGCUAUUGGGGUUGAUGCUGUGUUGCUAACAGAUUCUAAUGCUUUACUUUGUGGGAUCCUAACAGACAAGGAUAUUGCAACAAGAGUAAUUGCUAAUGAACUAAGGCUUAAAGAUGUACCUGUGGCCAAAGUUAUGACGAGAAAUCCUGUUUUUGUUCUUUCAGACACUUUGGCCGUGGAGGCAUUGCAGAAGAUGGUGAAAGGAAAAUUUAGACAUUUGCCUGUUGUUGAGAAUGGUGAAGUCAUUGCUUUACUUGACAUUGCUAGGUGUCUAUAUGAUGCCAUUGCACGGAUGGAGAGAGCAUCUGAGAAAGGAAAAGCCAUUGCUGCAGCUGUUGAGGGGGUGGAAAAGCAUUGGGGAACUUCAGUUUCAGGUUCCAAUACAUUUAUUGAAACACUUCGAGAAAGAAUGUUUAAGCCAUCCCUGUCAACAAUCAUUCCAGAGAGUUCAAUGGUGGUGAAAGUUUCACCAAGCGACUCAGUUUUAACCGCUACAAAAAAGAUGCUGGAAUUGAAAAUGAGUUAUGCAGUUGUAGUAGUUGAAGACAAGCCUCUAGGAAUAUUGACUUCAAGGGAUAUUCUAAUGCGCGUAAUUGCCAAAAAUCUCACUCCAGAGUCAACCCAUGUGGAGAAGGUUAUGACUUGUAAUCCUGCAUGUGGAACUAUCGAUAUGCCUAUUGUCGAUGCUCUUCAUACAAUGUAUGAGGGGAAAUUUCUUCAUCUUCCUGUUGUUGAUAGAGAUGGGAAAAUUGUUUCGGUUGUUGAUGUUAUUAACAUCAGUCAUGCUGCAGUUGCAACGAUGGGAAGCAGUGGCGUGCGUGGAGCUGAGACAACACAUUCUCUGAUUCCGAAGUUCUGGGAAUCAGCAAUGUCAAUAAGACCUUUUGAAGAUGAUGACGACAGUUGCAGUGAUAAUUCAAUCAAAUUAGCAUCUGAUGGAACGGACACAGUGAGAUCUACUGCAUUUCAUCAGUAUUCAGGCUUCUCCAUUUUUGCUUUUAAAGUUCAGGAUAGGAAAGGCAGGAUGCAUAGAUUUCACUGUGGCAUUUCAAGCUUGACGGAACUCAUGGCUUCUAUCCUUCAGAGGGUAGGUGAUGACAUUGAUAGGAAUAAUCUCCCCUUGAUCUUGUACGAAGAUGAAGACCAUGAUAAGGUUGUUAUUGCAUCGGACAAUGACCUUCAAGCAGCAGUAGAGCAUGCGAGGCAGCUUGGUUGGAAGGGUCUUAGACUGCAUUUAGAAUUCCCAGGCUUGUCUGCUAGUCGGAAGAGUCUUGGUGGGUCAAUAGGAACAGAACAUGCUCAUAGGGAUGCAUGGGCCUCGGCAUACAGUGCAGUGGCUGCAGGAGCUGCCCUAGUCGCUGGUCUUGGUGUUAUGGCUUAUCUCAAGAGAUCCAGCACAUAAAGCCUAUCAUAAAAAUAUGCAUUAUCCGUAUAGACCCUAAAGAAGGAGAAUAAUCAGGAACUAGCCGAUGGUAUUGUAAUACUGAUCAUUCUCUACAAAAAUACAAUAUAUAAUUUCAAGGACACAGUUGUUUUGUCCUACUUGAAUAAAAUCACAACUUAGAUUGAAUUCAGGAUCAAAGUACUGUAAUGGUUUUUUUUUUAACCUAAUGAAAACGUUUACAUUAAACUCA